AAAUUAUUCAUGCAUUUGAAAAUUCUACAUAGUUGUGAUAAAAAAAGCAAUUUGAAAUGCUUUGAAAAAUCAUGUCAACAAAUAUUUAAUGGAUUAUCUUCAUACAAAAGACAUUUAGGGGUCGUACAUGGCAGAGGUCGUAAAAAUGUUUCCUACAGAAACCGAGAUGCAAAGGGUUUGCGACGAGCUGAAACAUAACCGGGACUGGGAAACAGUUACUAAACAAUUGAUACACACUAUGCCAUUCAGGAGGGAUAUAAUUUCCCAAAGCUCUGACAUUGACCUCCAGACAGUCCUUCAGGAGUGGCCGCUUUACAAAUAUUCACGAGCGCCAGAACUGAUUGCCAUGGAUUACAAUUUUAUAAAACCGAAUAAUGGGUUCGACUUCACCAAAUGGGAACAAUUUUCGAAAAUAGCCCUAGAAUUGUUCACAGCGAGGAUCAAGUGCAGCGCUCUUAAAUCAUUCCUCAAUGAAUUCAGGGAGAAUAUUGACGACCUUGACAUAGAUAACGUCAAUAUUGGCUAUGCAACUCUGUUACAUGGAGUGUUGCCUCCAUCAUCGCAGCAGUUUAAUGGUAAAUUGAAGAAAUUUACAAUUGAAGAUUCAAAAUCAUCUUUCACUCUGGAAGUGGAAUGUGCAGGCCAGGUCGAACCUAUGCUAAAAAUAAAAAGGGAGGAAUGUUUAAAAUCGAAAACAAAACUUCAGCCCCUAAUAAUUGUUGUUGGUGAGAGAUUUCAUUAUAAUAAUUUUUAUGUAUCCUUGGACAAUAUUAUGUUUAAAUUAGAUACUUAUUUGGACUGCAUUAUUUUUUAUUUAAAGCUCGUUUAUGUAUUAAAUAUUCAAUACCCUCCACAGUGUUUUUCGGUAUGGGUUUUUAUACAAAUGUUUUUCUUUAAUAUUCAAGACGGUAAAGAAAUACCUUCUGUUUCAACUUUACUAAAUGAUAUCAAUGCAUUAAUUAAUUAAUUUAUAUCAAUGUAUUAUUUUGUA